AUGCUUGCCAACUUCCUGCAGAUGAUCCGUUGCUCACCUAUGCCCAGUGACAGCCCUGAACCUGAACACCGCCUGCUUCCACAUCCUAAUGUAGUCUGCUGGGGCUCAGAGCAUGAGCCUUUACGACAGAUUGCAUUCUGGGGGCUUGGUGUGUGGUGCUGUGGCAUUCCUCUCGCCCUUGGUCUGCGAAUAAGAUGCCUGAAAGGCGAGAUGAACGAUGCGAUGAACUAUCGAACCUACGGAUACUUCACGGUGGGCCUUGAGCCCGAUUUCUGGUAUUGGGAUCUGCUGAUCCAGAGGGCUGACGUUGCCUUAAUGCUUUUUGUCGCCUACACGUCCAUUUCUGACCAUGAAAGCGCCAAGCUUCUGCUUUUUCCAAUCAUCUCCGGGCUUAUGCUUGGAGCAACUGCCUGGGUAAAACCUUAUGAGAAUGAGCAGGGCGAGAUGUUGGACUUCUUAGUGAAGGCCAGAGCCAUCACUGGAGACG